GUGCAGCUUUACAGGACGACAACUGCGAUUUUAACGUCUUUAUAUCACAUGCUCCGACAUGAUCAAAGGGGCAUAAACGUAACCUUUUUGUUUCGUCUGUGUUUUAAGAUUCCAUAAAGAACAAUGCCAGAGCAGAGCAACGAUUACCGUGUGGUUGUGUUCGGCGCUGGUGGGGUCGGGAAGAGCUCCCUGGUCCUGCGAUUUGUGAAGGGAACUUUCCGAGAGAGCUACAUCCCCACCAUCGAGGACACAUACAGGCAGGUAAUCAGCUGUGACAAGAGCAUCUGCACUCUUCAGAUCACAGACACCACUGGCAGUCAUCAGUUCCCUGCCAUGCAACGCCUGUCCAUCUCCAAGGGUCAUGCCUUCAUCCUCGUCUACUCUAUCACCAGCAAGCAGUCUCUGGAGGAGCUGAAGCCCAUCUUUGAACAGAUCUGCCAGAUCAAAGGUGACGUUGAGAGUAUUCCUAUCAUGUUGGUGGGCAACAAAAACGAUGAGACCAGUGGUCGCGAGGUGGAGACCAGCGAUGGCGAGGCAAUGUCCAAGAGAUGGAAAUGCGCCUUUAUGGAGACUUCAGCCAAAACCAAUCACAACGUAAAAGAGCUUUUUCAGGAGCUGCUGAACCUGGAGAAGCGCAGAACUGUCAGUCUCCAGAUCGAUGGCAAAAAGAACAAGCAACAGAAACGGGCUGAGAAGCUUAAGGGAAAGUGUGUUGUCAUGUGAGGUGUCAAAAAGAGGACGUGUCUGGAUUUGGGCAGAGGAAAACUAAGGACAUUCAAGCUUUCACAAAGUAGCAGUCCCCGCCAACACCUUUCACAUGUCACAAAAAUUUGCACGUAUAAUCAUAACAAUUUGUCCUGGAACAGGAAACUUUUUGAGUGAAGGGAUUGCUGGAGUUCACCAGUCGGAGACAGUCAAUUAAAAAAAAAAAAAAAAAACUUAGAAAACCAUUUUAAAAUUCCACCGCAUUUAACCCGUGCUGCUCUAAAAGACUUUAUUCCCUAAACUUGUUGCAAAUUGGAUCUUGCAAGUUGGCACCAGAUGUUAGUAUGUGAUGGCAUUUGUUUAAUUAUUUGCCACCACUCUCACGCGCUCAUGCAGCAAAGUUCAGGAGUAACUUCAAGCCUCAAGGAUCCGGUAGUAAUAGUUUCUGUGAAUAACCCAUAAAGUCAUGAGACUUGGAAGAAUGGAGGUAUGGAGGAGGGUGGAAGUCAAUUCAAUUCAAAUAAUUUACCCAUGAGAUGGAUGCUAUACAAAGCAAUAUGUAUACCUGUUACUGAUUUAAGUAUUUUGAAUAGGUCUAAAAAAUGAAAUGUGUGGAAAAACAAAUAAGCUGCUGACUUUUGGUCUCUUCUACAGACAGUACAAAUUAAAUGGUAUAAGGUUACCCUUUAACAGUUUACUAAGUCAUAUACUUACAUUUCUUUUGACAGUUAUAUUUUAAUAGCUUUCUGUCUUGUACUGUAGUUUUAACCUGUCACAACAAUUCAGAAA